UUGUUACUUUAUUUUCAAUUGUGUGUGAUCAUGACUGGAAGGAACGGAAAACAUGUCGGUCCUAAGAGAAAGAAGGGUGGCUCAAAGAAGGUAGCCAACCAAGUGAUUGAGGGGAAUACGAGCUCAUCUGUGAUAGAUGAAAUGAAUUAUGUCAACCAACAGAAUUUCAUCCUCCAAAGGAUUGCUGAAGCUAUGAGUCAAUUGGAAAAGAAAAGAAAAGAAAAUCGUGAGAAUGAGCUGAAUCUCCUUAUGAUGGGGUGCAUGCACAACCCAAAUAUGCUGGCCAACUUGAAGACUGCUGAAGAUUCGAAUGACUUUGCUGAGGUGGUGGAUAAGAAACUGAAUGAGGUUGAUACUAAGAUUGAUGAACUCAAUCGAUCAGAUGUUAUUUGAAACU